AUGAGCAAAAAGUUCAAAUCCCAGGCCUCCAGCAGUCGCGCUGCUGCCAGUGCCUUUGGGUCAUUUGGAGGUUUCUCCGGUAGUCUCUCCAGCCAAGGAAAGGAGCCAUCGACUCUCACAUACAUUGCAGCACCACCAGAUCUUUCUCGCAUUACGGAGCAGCGAUUGGUUAUCGCAUUCAAGAAUUUAUUGAAGAAAGAUGAAAUCACACGGACGAAGGCUCUGGAGGAGCUACGAGACCAUAUAUCAACAGUGGCAGAGAAGAAUGGAACCUUGGAUGACGGUUUCCUAGAGGCUUGGGUUCGGAUUUACCCUCGAAUCUCAAUCGAUUUGUCGCGCCGAGUACGCCAACUCGCCCAUCCAAUUCAGGGUACAAUCGCUGGCAUUGUCGGGAAGCGAAUCGUGCCCAACCUCCCCAAGGUUAUCGGAGCAUGGAUCGCAGGAAUUUAUGACAAUGAUCGACCAGCCCAUCGAGCCGCCCUUGACUCAUUUACGAGUGUCUUCUCGACCGAAGAAAAAAGAAAUAACGUAUGGAAGAUCUACCAAAGCCCCAUAUUGGACUUUGUAGACGAUGUCAUUCUUCAUCAAACAGCCUUGACACUGAGCGAUGAAAGAACAGUGAAGCGCGAUGACGCCGAGGGCAAAUAUGCUCGUGUAGUGGGAGCGGCAGUUUUGCUUUUCAACCGCGUAUUAGCCAAUUCUGCCGAUAAUAAUUUGCAGAAAAACAUGCCAGAGAUCGAGAACCUAUUAGCCAGUAAGGAUCUCUGGGCUCUGUGCUAUCACGAUGAUCCAUAUGUUCGCCGGUCCAUAUACAUUCUUCUUCGAUCUGCGGUUUCCCGGGAGCCUGGAUGGGUCGACUGGAAGACCCUAAGUUCUGCCGUUAUUGGGAAAUCUUUGUCUCUCCAGCAAGUAGGAUCAGCCUCAGAAUUAUCCGAAUCUCUCCUGCUAUUGACGUCGUUGAGGCCUCAAGUGUGGACUGAUGAUUACACCGGGAAGUCAUCUGCUUCGAAGAGAUUGCGCCAGUACAUGCAGAAGGGAUCUCAGGGUGGAUCCGGGAACUUUUGGUCAAAUCUAGACCAAUUACUUCGAACUAUCCCUCAACAAAUUUUAGCAGGCGCAGACAAGACCACUGCUGACCAAGGAAUCACUUCUACCAGCGCGAUUGCCUUGACUGAGGCUUUGCGAGAAGGCCUUAACUCGAGAGAAGAACCCCGCGAGAACCUUGCUGCUGGGUGGAAAUCCUACAUUCAGAUAGGCACUUGGCUUGCACUGUUGGUUCCCCAGGAGCAAAGGUCUGAAUUCAUCGCGAAGAGUCUUUCCCCCUUGGUGCUACACUAUGUGCGAGCCGAUCCAGAUUUAACACAAUGGUCGCUUCCGACCCAGUCAGCCGAGGGGACUUGUGUGAACUAUGUGGUCACUCUAGCUUCUACUGGGCAAGACCGGGAAUUGCAAGAAUUGUGUACUUCUCUUUCUCAUGGCCUGCUAGAAGCUGUGAAGCUCUCGUCUCCGGAACAAUCAAAGGACUUCCGUGAUUCCCAAGACUCAAUAUGUGCUCAAUCCAAACGCCUCCUAGCCUUGAAGUCUGCUGUUCUCUCACGUAUCGCAGACACGAAGGCCGAAGCCCAGGUCUCAGAGGCCUUUGAAAAGACAAGCACGUUCCUUCUUGAAGAAUGUCUUGAAGUCUUGCGCACUCGCAAUGGGAAGCCCUAUGGAGCUGCCGCUGUAGUCGAGGAGUGUGUACACAGCAUGCCAUCUGUCGCCAAAAAGUCGCAGGCUCUCCAGAAAUUCGCACAGAAUGAUGCACCGGACCUGUUGCUCUCACCCUCCGCUGAUCGAUUGAUCUCAAUCAUCUUAGAAUGUCGACAAUGGGAUGGAUUUGCAUCCAGCUUUGAGAACAUUGUCGAGCGAGCUCUAGCACUUGAGCCAGAACAGUCAAAUGUGCAUGUACUGCAAAGCUUGCUGUACUCCCUCAAUUUCCACGAUGCUAAGCACAAAGAUAAGCUCAAGUCACUUGUUGUGCAGGCGCUUGCCAAAGCCUGUGAAGGAAGUCAUUCUCAUUGGCAUAUUGUCACUGCUGUUCUUCAAAACAAAUCCUCACACGGUGAAUUGGCGGAUCAGGUAUUCCUGUCUUUGAUCGAUGCCUUAUCCACAGACAAUAAGGUAUUUGAUGCCUUGCAUGGUCUUUCUCAUAUUGGAAAGUCUGCACCAUCCUCAGUUCGGGAAUUCCAAAAUGGAGCCCACGGAUCUAAGCUAGCAGGAAAGCUACUCUUCCUCACUGAAUCACCAUCUGAAGAAGUGGCCAGCUUGGCGGAGGCGUUAUUAAAAUCGCUUAAGGAAUCCGGUAUUGGUGAUACGAGUGCCAGAUCGAGUAUUGAAAUCCUCCAACACGGAUUCAACCAUGUAGAUCAAGAGUCGUUGUCUAUCGAGUCACUUGUUGCUAUCGCAGAUGAGUUGCUGCCAGAUCUAACGUCUGGCAGUGCAACCGGUGCUGUCAAAGAUAUUCUGCCUUCUCGUCGCUCGUGGGAGGAAUCUCUGGCUCCCUUCCUCCAACUCCCACCUCGUUCUUCAAUUGCCAUCACAAGCCCUCUAGGAGGCAUUGUUCACUUGGUUCAGCGUGAGCUGUCUGAUUCUUUCAAAGCGUUAUGGCCGACCAUACCUCGCGAUGCCGACCACCGCUCCUCUGCGUUCCGCCUGGCAAUAUACACCAUUAAUAUUCUGUCUACUACUGAGUUAGUGAAAUACCUUGACCAGGAGGACUUGGAGACACUGUUCCAUUUCCUACCCCUGGCGGUCCAACUCAUAGAUGAUGACUUGAGCAUUGAAAACUGCAAUGGAAUUUCAGGCCUUGAGCUGGCUGACCAGCGCGAAGAGUACAUGGAGACUGUCUUCAGUGGCAGGAAGGUGGUUGGGAACUGGAUGAGUGACAAUGAACCAGUAAGCUUCGCGCAGGACAAGACGAUUUCUUCUUUCUUUGUCGAGUUCUGGGAACGCAGAUUGGAGGAACUCAAGGGCACAUCCCCCUUGGACUAUCGAAUCGGCGAAAUUUUCGUCAAGGUCAUGACUAUUACAGAUUCAUUGCAAACUUCUAAAUCAUCGGAUGAUGUCGCUAAAAUUUGCAGAGAAGCCCGAACAGCAAAUUCCAUACGUUCGGCAUCGUGGUUUGCAGUAUUGCGGAGCUCUAUCCUUUCUAAUCCCAUCGGAAACAGGAUGUGUAAUGAGCUGGUUGCCGACUCUACUGGGCUCAAGCCCCAGGAUGCUUCUCAAGUUGGAUUCCGAAAGCUGGCUCUGUUGAAUAUCCUGCUGUCUGGUGAAGAUGAGGUUGUUGCCACCAUUCCGACGCAACGCUUAGUUUUCCUCACCAAGCACUUGAUCGAAUGUGUCCAAAAUGACUCCAUGUCUCUUGGGUUGAAAGCGGAAGUGAUCAAAACGUUGUCCUUUGUCCUUCCAGCUCUCGGAGAAAUCUAUGGGUCUCACUGGGAAGAAACGAUGGAAAUUUUGAACUCGGCAUUGCGAAGUACCAAUGGGGGCGAAGAAGGUCUACCGUUGCUGGUGUCGUCAUUUAGGCUCUUCGCAAGAUUGAAGUCUAUCUCGGAAAGUGAUAGCAAUGACGAUGUCCAAGAUGCAUGGUUGGAUCGCAAGACAACCCUGUUCAAUGCCUUAGCAUCCACCAUUGACACCUUUGACUCCUCAACCACAUUCCAUCAGCCUCGUGAUGUUGCUGUUGAAUUGCUACGACGGUUGAUCAACACCAUUCCCGUUGACAAAUUGGAAGAUGUCAGCGAAACAUUCCAUCUUCUCACUGCGCACAGUCGAGCAGUGCAGCGAACCGCUUAUACCUUACUCCACAACUACAUCCCUCAUGCCCAGGAGAAGGUAUCCUUUGAGCUAGCCUUAUCAAAGACUGCAGUCAGUCUUCCUGAUGAGCUCAUUUCUCUCUUACUUGAACCCCCGACAAUGCAAAUGGUUUCUGCUGCUUAUGGAGACGACAAGAUGUGGACCACCAUGCGUUCGUACCUUCUCAGCUGGAAGAUUGUGUUUGAUCAUUUCUCCAAUGCUUCGCUUCCGGUCCAAGAAUAUUAUACUUCGAGCAUCAGAGAGAACAAUAUUCUUAUCCCACUGUUGGAAUUCACGUUUGAUUUCCUUCAAAAAUCGCAUGGAAAGAUGAUCGAUGCAUCCAAACUUGAUAUUCACUCAUUUGAGCCUGAUGAGUCAGAAAAUGCCGAAAAGGAGACACAAUGGCUUCUGGUACAUCUGUACUAUCUGUGUCUGAGAUACUCUGCGAAUAUGACCAAGAACUGGUGGAUCGACACGAAGAAACGCAUCAAGGGCCCGGUAGAAGCCUGGACAGAGAGAUAUAUCUCCCCGCUUGUGAUUGAGGAGGCCCUCAAAAGUGUGACCGACUGGAUUGCCACCCAAGAUGCAAACGAAGAGCGCGCACUUGAGGUGAAGAUUUCCCCAAAGACAGGCGAAAUUAUCGCCAGUAUUCCAGUCGAUGAGGAGUCACCCCCAGUGUCUAUUUCUAUCACUCUCCCACCCGCGUAUCCUCUACAGUCAGCGUUGGUUGUCGGCCGGAGUCGUGUGCUUGUGGACGAAAAGAAAUGGAAAAGCUGGCUGCUGACUAUCCAGGGAGUGAUCAUGUUUGCCAAUGGCAAUAUUGUUGACGGUUUGUUGGCUUUCCGACGGAAUGUACAGGGUGCUCUCAAGGGCCAAAGCGAGUGUGCCAUCUGUUACUCUGUUAUCUCCACAGACAUGCAGACACCCAACAAGCGCUGCGCUACGUGCAAGAACACUUUCCACUCUGUCUGUCUCUUCCGCUGGUUCAAGAGCAGCAACCAGAGCACCUGUCCACUUUGCCGCAACAACUUUGUUUAUGUUUAG